GCAACGAAGCUCAAGCAUUCGACCUUCGCGCCUUCCGCCGCCUGAUAUCCCGCUUCCUGCCCCAUUGAGCCUCUUCCUGCUCCUCCUCCUCCAUCACCGUCUUUCCUUCUUCAUUCCCCCUCCUCGCCCUCUCCACCCACGGGCAGUCCACCUCCUGCCCGGUGCUAUUGGUGGUCUGCAUCCGGCGCGCCUGGUCACUCGUUCAUCUCGCCGCGGAGGAGCAGAAUGCGAAGCGUCCAGCCCCAAUAGCGCCCCUCCCCCUCCCCUCCUCUCCAUGCCGACACGCUCCUUGGAUCUUGGGGACAGCAUCUAGACGGCAUCCAUCUCAUUGGAUCAGGUGCAAUUGAAUCGGUCGUAUCAUCACCACAGCGCCUUACCCUCCACCGACGCGGCCAGCUCGCGCACACCACCACCCACGAGUCCUGCACCAUCCACCUACACGACAUCACACAUCCCAUCAUGGAAUACUCCUCCCCGCUCGCGGCCAUGCGUCCCCAGCCAUGUGCCACGUGGGGCAGCCGAAAAGACUUGCCAAUGUCGCGCUCCAACAACCCUACAUACCACCCCUUCUGCCCCAGCAACUUUGACUUUCGGAACAUGAGCAUGCAUCAGAAGCCCACAACCAGCAGACCCGACUAUUUCACCGUCAAACCCCCACGAGGCUCCUCUCCCACCUCCACCCUCACCGCGGAUCUGGGCGCCAACUUUCACAUUGACAAGAGCCCACAAGCUCCCACUCCGCGACGGUCUCUGUUUACUGCCGAUUUGCUGAAGCCUCAUGAUGAUAGUGGCCGACUUAUGACUCCUCCCAUCGAGGGCGAAGAAGUCACCACUCCCGAUGUCCCCUCCUCCUCCCCGGGCCUCGACGCCAUGGACGUCUCGCCAUUGCCUCACAAGCCACCCUUUCUCAUCACACAAGUCACCCUUGCCUCGCCCACUCCAGCAAUCACGCCCGACAUUGACAUUGGCAUCACCCCCGGUUCUGUAUCGUCCGAAGACUCUCAACAAUUCUUGCAACCUCCAUUUGCCCAGUCUUCGACUUUCCUUCAACCGCCCGAGCGCAGACGACCACUCACCCGCCCCUCGCUUGUCCGUACCAAGGCAGCAUCUUCCAACUACAUCCCGCAACAAGGACCCGGUGUCGAGAGCUCGCUCCCUCCCUUUCGCUUCGGUACCUUGGCUGCCAAUGGCCUGUCAUGCGCGUCAACCCCCAGUCUAGUCGAGGGACUCAGCGUGUCUCCUGUCGACGACCCCAGACUCAACAUGCCUCCUCCUCCCACCCGAAGGCCGCCAAUGGGCCCGACGAGUCGCAGCACCGGCUCUCCCUCCACCGGUCAUGUACGAAAGCCGUCCGCUGGGCGCCCGGCUUUUGCUCGGCCUCAGCGCAAGGCAAUGAGGAGGUCACUCAGCAUGUUUCAACACCCCGACGACGUGAUGAAGGAGGAGCACGACGCGUUUGAGCCUCAGCCUAAUCUCACCUCUGUCAUGGACAUUGACCAGUCCCAUCCCCUCCCCAAACUCCCCUGCUUCAUCCCGGAUGAUGAACCCGACAGUCUCCCUCGCAUCUCUCAAGACACCAUGGUCGACAUUUUGAACUCCAAAUACAGCACCGAUUACGACCGAAUACUCAUAGUCGACUGCCGCUUUGAAUAUGAAUACGAUGGCGGGCACAUCGAGCAUGCCGUUAAUUUCAACGACAAGCAACAACUCACCCACGAGCUCUUCAGCAAUGCUGCCUCUCCACAACCCUCGACUCUCCUCAUCCUCCACUGCGAGUAUUCUGUCCACCGUGCGCCGCUCACCGCAAAACACAUCCGCAACCACGACCGUAAUGUCAAUGCCGCCCACUACCCCAGACUCUCCUACCCAGACCUCUACAUUCUCGACGGCGGCUACAGCAAAUUCUUCGCCAACCACCGCUCCAAAUGCUUCCCGCAGAAUUACGUCGAGAUGAAUGAUGAGCGACAUGAGCUGGCCUGCGAGCGCGGCAUGGCAAAGGUCAAGCAGAGGCAGAAGCUGUUUCGUCAUCAGACUUUUGCUUUUGGGCAGGCCGAUGGUGAACUCGGGGAUGCAAGUCCUACCGCCGCUGUGCAGCAGCAUGGAGGCAUAAGAGGGGGCAUGUUGGCCGGGAGAAGUCACAGUACGUUUGACGUGGGGAGGAAGCUGGGCGAGGGGAUUGGCGCCUCUUUUUCGAGGCGAAUGGCUUCGUAUUGAUGGAUCUUCGAUUUCGUCUUCUUCCGGAUUCUUAUCUGCUGCAAGCGGCAUUGAGCGAUUCGGGUCUGGAUGUCCAUUUCUGGUCUUGACUUGAUUGUUAUGGGAUUCUGCAUAUGGGUCUUCUGCUUCUCGAAGAGAUGGAGGGGGCUCUUCUCAUCCAUUCUUGCCACGGCCGAGCCUGGUUUUGAUUACUAGAUGUGGAAGUGGAAAUGGUCUGGUGAUGAUGAGAUGAGGAGGGAUGGCGGUGGCUACUGUAACUCUAGUUUCGUAAUGUCUUGUCUCCAGAAUCAUAAGGGGAAG